AGGAGUUACAGCCUGAAUGCUGCUUCUCCACUUACUGCUGCUUCCUCAAGAAUUUCUCUCUCAUCUGUAAAAGUUGGCCUCUAAUCCGUGAUGUUACGCCGUCAGCUAGUACUUGUCUUUGGAAUAUCACUAGCUGGUGAUAUAUGUGCAUCUAGGAAAUGCUACUCGGAAGCCCAAGUGUCCUUCUAUUAUUUCUGCAACCUCACAGACAUUCCGCCUGUGCCAAAGGAUACGGUGAAGCUUUUGCUAACUUUCAACUAUAUCAGACAAGUGACUGCAACUUCAUUUCCACUGCUGGAGCACUUGCUGCUGUUGGAAAUCGGAACGCAACACGUCUAUCCUGUCACCAUAGCAAAAGGAGCUUUCAGGAACCUGCCAAACCUCCGUGUCUUAGACUUGGGAUUCAAUAAGAUCCUUGAACUGGACCUUGAUGCUUUUGUGGGCUUGCCAAGGCUGACUGUGCUCCAUCUGUUUCACAACUACCUUGGAGAUUCCAUCCUGGAAGAACGUUACUUCCAAGACUUGAGGUCGUUAGAAGAACUGGAUCUUUCAGGGAACGAAAUCACGAAACUCCACCCUCAUCCCUUAUUUUAUAAUCUAACAGUCUUGAAAACUGUGAACCUGAAGUACAACAAGAUAUCCAACUUGUGUGCAAGCAAUCUUACCAGCUUCCAAGGAAAACAGUUCUUAUUUUUUAGCCUCAGUUCUAAUUAUUUGUACAAGACAGAUGAAGCGGCCUGGGCCAAAUGCUCAAAUCCUUUCAGAAACAUUACGUUUAGUUCACUAGACCUUAGUGAAAAUGGCUGGAGCACAGAGAAAGUCCAGUAUUUCUCUACUGCCAUUAAAGGGACUCAAAUCGAUUCUUUAACAUUCAGCUCUCAUACAAUGGGUUCGGGAUUUGGCUUUAAUAACUUAAAAAAUCCAGAUAAAGAUACAUUUGCAGGGCUAGGAAGAAGUAGUCUUCGUUUCCUUGAUAUUUCAAAGGGUUACAUAUUCUCUCUUAAUUCUCUAAUCUUUCAGAGCCUCGGUAAUCUGGAAUUGCUGAACCUUUUCAAAAACAAGAUAAAUCAAAUCCAAAGGCAAGCAUUUUUUGGCUUGGGCAACCUAAAAGUUCUCAAUCUCUCAAGGAAUCUUUUAGGGGAGUUGUACGAUUAUACUUUUAAGGGUCUACACAAUGUAAUGUAUAUUGAUUUACAGCAAAAUCAUAUUGGGAUGAUCAGUGAAAACUCAUUCAGUUACUUAGUAAGUCUGAAAACAAUCGAUCUCCGAGACAAUGCCAUUAAAAAGCUCCCUUCCUUUCUGCAUCUGACCUCUGUUUUUUUAGGCGACAAUAAGAUAAUGACUGUAGAUGACACAAAAAUAGCAGCCACACACCUUGACUUAGAAAGGAAUUGGUUGUCGAACCUGGGUGACCUGUAUGUUCUUUUCCGAGUUCCAGCUGUGCAGUAUAUCUUUUUAAAACAAAAUCGCUUCUCUUACUGUGCGAAAAGUGAUGAUGUUAUAGAAAACAGUCAGUUAAUUUAUAUGGAUCUGGGUGAAAAUAUGCUACAGCUUGUGUGGGAGAGAGAUUUAUGUUUGGAUGUGUUCAGGCCACUGUCCAAACUUCAGGUUCUACAUCUGAAUAACAACUACCUUAGUGAUCUUCCACGGGAGAUUUUUAGAGGUCUAACAUCUCUAAAAAGACUUAAUCUGGCUUCCAACCUAUUGUCCCAUCUUUCUCUUGGGCUUUUUCCACAAAGCCUAACAAACCUAAACUUAUCUGGAAACCAGCUUUUGUCCCCUGAGCCUGAAGUCUUUAUGACUUUGAGUAUUCUGGAUAUAACACACAACAAGUAUGUCUGUGACUGUCCUUUAAAGAGUCUGCUGGUGUGGCUAAAUGAGACCAACGUAACCCUGGCUGGCUCACCAUCUGACAGGUACUGCGUAUACCCACCUGCGUUGGCAGGGGUACCGCUGGCGUCUCUGACGUAUGAUGGUUGCGAUGAGGAUGAACUCCAGGAGACACUCAGGUUCUCAGUAUUCAUCUUCACCUCUGUCACUCUUCUAGUGUUUCUGAUAGCAGUCAUCAUAUUUACUCGCUGUCGGGGGAUUUGUUUUGUCUGGUAUAAAACCAUCACCAGAAAAAUAACAGGUGGUCAUUCACAAGCAGCAGAUAAAGGUGAAUACAGAUAUGAUGCAUAUCUGUGCUACAGCAAACAUGACUUUGAAUGGGUCCAGAAUUCGUUGUUAAAGCGCCUGGAUUCACAAUAUGUUGAUAAAAACAGAUUCACCUUGUGCUUUGAGGAAAGAGAUUUCUUGCCUGGGGAGGAACAUAUCAACAAUAUUCGUGAUGCCAUUUGGAACAGCAGGAAAACAAUUUGUGUUGUGACCAGGCAGUUUCUCAAAGAUGGGUGGUGUGUGGAAGCCUUUAAUUUUGCCCAGAGCAGGUACUUCUGUGACCUGAAAGAUGUACUCGUUGUGGUCGUGGUUGGGUCACUUUCUCAGUAUCAGCUGAUGAAGCACAAACCGAUUCGGAGCUUUUUGCAAAGGAGUCGAUAUUUGCGGUGGCCUGAAGAUGAUCAAGACGUGGACUGGUUUUUAAAUAACCUUUCUUGUGAAAUUCUGAAGGAAAAAAAAGUGCAAAGGAAAGCAGGUGGCAUAGAGCUGCAGACUGUGGCAACGCUCACGCGCUGAUAGUGCCUGGGUUGACAGAUUUCUGAAUAGCCCAUUUCCAGUUGUUUGUGCCAUGGCAAACAGAAGUUUGCUUGAUCUUGCCUUGAAAAAGCAAGUAGAAAGGUAACAGUUUCCGUGUAAAUCCUACUAAACCUGGAGACAGCUUGGAAGCUACCAGCAAAUCUAUGAAAGUGCAAUUAUCUUAGAGAGACAUUUUCAGAAUAAUUAAAUCACAGAUGGAUGCUUGGCUUCAGACACUUCAGUCCUCCUCGUCUGACUAGUAUUUACUUGUAGGUCUGUUUCAGUUAGAGAGGAUGCCCAUGGUUGUUUUCCUAAAGCGAGCCCAUGGUGCUGUAUGGGAGUGGCCAAGUGUGCUCUCAUGUAUGGCCCAGACUGACCAGAGAUUCGUGGGUUGCUUAUUCCUGUGCUUUCUGACUUUUCAUGACCAGUUUCAAACCAGUGCUUUGCACCUUUCCGCUUCAACCUGGUGUAACAAAGAUUACUUUUAUUUGUCUUCUACUCAGCCUCAGUUUCUCAGCUGGAACAUAAAAACUUUGAACUUCAUUCAUCUCCUUCCACCACUUCUCUGCUUGGUGGUAACACUACGGUCAUGGGUCCACUUCAUUUGCUGCUGUUUCAGCCUGGUGCUUUUUCAGUUGAGCUGCGUCCUGCCCAGCAGAGAGGAACAGGUAUCCCCUUCAGAUCUGAAGCAAGCCCGAGCUUCAAAGGCAAACAAGACACUACCUUGGCAGCUGCAUGGGCUGGGCUGUACACUGGUGAUGUGGCCAAUAGCCUGGUGACUGACAGCCAGCUUUUGCAUUCUGGGAGUGGAAAGCACAGACAACUGGUGUGUAAUUUCGGUUGCUCGCCAUACAUCCUGUGUCCUGAUCAAUUCUAAGGUGUUUGUUUGCUUCUAUAAAUAUUUUCUGGAGUUAUUAAUGCCCAGUACUCUCUUAUGUCUCUAUAAUCACUUUACCUCUGUUUGUUCAGGUGUGUGUCUUCAGGAGGCUGUU